AUGUUCGAGUCUGCGGCGGUUCUACUCACCCGAAUCGCUGACCAAGUUGUCGUUUUGCUGCAGUCCAUCACCAACUACCCUGCGGUCACCCUGGUAAUGGUCGCACACAACUUCAGCAGAAACAAAAGUCUGGACCCCGCGACCGGCCGCAAUAGCCAUCAGUCUUGCACAUCGGUUGGUCUUUGCCAUCCUUGGCCGCUGGCGGAGAGGAACUGGUGCGGGGCUAUUCGUCGCAUCGGACGCAUCAGAGGACGUAUCGCCGUGUCCGGGGACGGAAGAAGCGGCACAAUCGGGUCAACUUGCCACGCGUAA